AUGGCAGAAGGGGAGCCAUCGUACAUCGACUACGAGGCCUUCCUCGACCCCGACUUUUCGCCAGCUAGCUUUGCCAAUACUCUCGUUUUGAGCACCAACAAUGCCACGGACACACCACUCGAUCUAUCUACCCCACUCUCGCGAGUUUUGUUCGACCUGCAAGAAAUCGAUAGCCACAUCCAUACCCUGACCACAAAGUCCGCACUGCCCCUAUUAUCGCACACCCAAGAUCAGUCCGAGGCUGCAGAACGGAUACUAAAGGAGACUGGGACACAGAUCACGUCCGUGACUCAAGGAUACGAGCGAUUGGAGAAAGAGGUGGUGCAAAAAUGGAAGGCCGCGGACGAAGCGCGCAUCGCGGCAGAGAACUCCUUAGCUACGGUCCGGCUGGCACGGGCCGUUGGACGAUGCUUGACGCUGGGUCGACAACUGGAGAGUCAGGUUGGGGAAAUUACAGGAAGAGGCACAGGGCAACCGUCCACAACGGGGGCUGAUGGGGCUCCACCCGUACGAGAGGGAUUCCGAGCUCUAGAACGAGCGGCCUACACGAUCUUGAACUUGCGUCAGAUGUUCUCCGCUACAACGGAAGACGAUGAGGGAUAUGGGUUAGAGCAGGUCAAGGUAAUGCGCACGUUGCGCAACGAAUUUGUGAUCCCCGCCGAAAAUAUGGUCAAGGCAAGGGCGCAGCAGACUAUCAACCGAUUCUCCUUGACAAGCCCUAUGGCCCCAUCCAAUGGCCACGCGCCGGUUCCGUCGAGCUACAAGCAAGUCCGUGAUGCGCGAGCACGCUUGGGUCCUGCUGCCGCAACUCUAUACCUCCUCUCACCCAUUCCCAAGGGCGGCGCCACUGUAUCUGACUACAAGCCCGAGCUGCUACUCUCGACGUUGCAGGGCUACAUGCACACGGCCAUCAUGACCUCUGUAAACGGUCUUGCCAAGUCACUCUCGCAGCUCCCCACGAUGGACCGAACUCUGAACGAGGUUGCCUCUCGAUGUCAAGAUAUCGCCGCGCUGGAGUCCUUCCUCAGAAACCUCCGUGCACCAACACACCCUCUUCUGGGAUCGACCGGCGGCGAUGAACCCCUGGCCGAUUCGGAGACUACAGCAAGUGUCAAUAGGACCAAUCUGCUCCAACCCCUCCUCACUGCCCUGGACACCUCUUCACUGCCUUCAUACUACUGGCGCUCGCUCGCAUCUUCCCUCACAUCACGAGUCCAAGAAAUCAUAAGUCGAGGGGGCGUCUCCGCGCGGACAUUGCGAUCGAACCGGGAUCGACUCAAGACGGAGAUUAAGGAGUGCGUUCUGCGCGCUUCUCAGGUGUCUGCUGCGAGCCUGUUGGCCGAGAAGGGCCGCUCUGGUACAGAUACUGUCAGCGUGGGCAACUGGGAGCGCGAAGCAGCCGUCAUGGUGAGCUCGGUUGUUGGGCCGCUAGGCCGGUGA